CAAGGUCACAUAAAAUGUGACACAAUAAUUUCUUAUAAAGAAUGCCCAAAUAUGAGAGUAAGAAUCGAAAAUCCUCACUUUAUGAAUGUUUCCUUUUCCUCUUAGUUAUGAUUUAGGAGAGAAUCAACCCAACAUUUUAAAACAACAGCAACAAUUCUUCAAUCCCAAAGUUUAGGCCAAAAUCAUUUAUAUUUGAUCCGCGAAUUUAUGUUUAGUCGGCGAGAAAUCUAUCGGCAGUGAUCUGUGCAACUGACCGUUCGUUGAGCUUAUAAGACUAGACCACAGUAGUCAUUCCCCACCAACUGUUCGAUACAUUGUCUCAAAGAAGUUGAAGCAAAGACAUUGACUUUUCAGCACUUUUUAUGCUACGUUGAGCUGUUGCUAGUUGAUUUCUUCAAUGUCAUUCAUGUUAUUCAGAAGACAACUCAUCAACUUGUCUUGUAUACUCAAUUCCCAUUUUCCUCUAAGAGUAUGUUCAUAUUCCUCAAGACCCACAAGAGCUUGUCAAGUGCCAAAUGAACAUAAUUUCGUCGAUGAUAGUAAACCCUAUUCAGCUGCUGCAAAUGUUGAUAACAGGGUUUUUCACCUUUCACCAUUGUAUAGGGAUAUUAAUAAGGAUUCUUUAAAGGAUUGCAAGAUUGAAUUAGUGGAUAAUGAGACUUGGAGGGUGUCCUCUGGUUUAGCUGAGGCUUGGCGAGACAACACAAAUGUUGCAUCCAAGAAAAAGUCAUUUUCCAUUGAAACUGAAAUUGAUGAUGAGGCGACUAGUUAUGCGUCUUUGAACGAGGACGGUCAUGACUUUGAUGAGAUUGAGGAUAUGAGGAUACGCGGGAACUUGUUUUACAAGCUUGAUAAAAAUUCCAAGGAAUACGAAGAAUAUAAGUUCGAAUUCCAUAGAAGGAAUAAGAACAAGAAUAAUGUAAACGACGGUCCAAAAGAGAAGGAAAAAUCGAAUAACGUUUCAGCUUCUAGGGUCGAGAAAGGUCUAAAGGGUAUAGAUGAGAAGAAGCAAAACAAGAAAGAGAAACUGAGCUAUAACUCUGCCUCUCCGUUUCAGGAUUUUCAGCUAAAUGAAUUCGGAGCAUCUCCAAUAAAGAGGUUAAGGGUUCCAACUUUUAAUCAGCUUACUGCCCCUUAUCACGAGCCAUUUUGUUUGGAUAUUUAUGUGUCGAAAGGUUCAGUAAGUGCUAGCAUUAUCCACAGAGCUACUAGCAAGGUUGUUGUUGUGGCGCACUCUAUUUCAAAAGACAUGAAAUUUGACUUGGGAUCAACUAAGAAUAGAGCUACUUGUGCUGCUAUUGGGGAAGUUCUGGCUCAAAGAGCACUGGCUGAUGAUAUUCAUAACGUAGUUUAUACGCCAAGGAAAGGGGAGAAAUUGGAAGGGAAACUUGAGAUUGUUCUUCAGUCCAUUAUUCACAAUGGCAUCAAUGUGAAGGUGAAGAUUAAGCAGAGGAAAACCAAGAAACCUGGCUUCCACCGCCCGACAGCUUAGGUGGUCAUCGUACAUUAUGUAGGAUGAAAUUAAAAGUGACAAGGAACUUUAUCAACGUCUUAUAAGCUCGCAAACAGAGCAAUAUAGUAAGUAGAACAAGGUCAGAGAUGUAUUACUACCUCUUUUGCGAGGUUGCAGAACAUUUCCCUAAAUUCAGUCUUUAUCAAUAGUAGUUACAAACUUGGGAAUAAAUUAGGGGUGUGCAUUCGAAUCGGUUUAUCGAUAAAUCGAAUCGAUUAUUUGUUAUCGAAA